AUGGAAUCUGGGAAUCUUGAGGGGAAGAGGAUCCAAUCACCGGCAGCGGGUCACGUUCCUCCCGGGCAUCAACAACACUUCGCCUGUCCUGCUUCUCCUCUCCUGCCUCUCCUAGUCCUUCGGUGGCCUUCGGUUCUGUUCCUCUACAGUCUACAAGCCGCACAGAAUGACCUUGACAGUGGGCCAGGACACGAGAAGUCCCCUAUUCCGAGGUCACGAAGGGCCCUCAGCUUUGAUCAGGGUCCCGCAUCUCAUGCCCCGAUCAUGGGGACAUCCCGCCCCGGAGACUGGCCACAGCAGCUUGAAGAAACCUCUGGGCGCGCCGAUGACACCGCAUGGGACCUAACUUGUGGCGGCUUAUUCCUCCUUGAGAUCAUCUUCAUUCCGACGAGACCAACUUUCCUCUACGCAGGUGUUGCUGCACUUUGUACGGAGGACUAG